AUGCCACCUACAAUUCCUGUUCGUUUCGGGGAGACAGCCUCGUCAAGCCUUCAUCAGCUUCUUCAGUACCUGCAAGAAAUACGGCAGAUCCAUAUUAUUAGGAGCGAGAGUGAAACUGAUCCAGAGCUGCUCGGCGAAUCACUGUUAGAGCAACUGAAAUCUGUUACUGACAUCUUGCACACCAAAAGUCAAAUCAGAGAAGCAGAGGCAUUAUCUCAUGUCUCCUCUCUCACAAUUUUGAGUUCCGACUUUGGUGGCCUCGGGUACUCUGCAGACAUGUACUUAGACACCCAGCAAGAGGCGGAAGUCGUUUUCCUGGUAUCAGCAUGGCUCGAAUCUCUCAACUCAGUUGACAGAAGCCAGUCAUUUCCCAAGCCACUUGCUUCUCGGCCGGAGGGUCGAAGGGGAAUGACCUUGAGCGAAAAGAUCUUCGCGGCGCACGAUCUCGAGCAAAAGGGAGUUGUCACGCCGGGGGACGUUAUCAGAGUGAGCGUGGACUGGAUCUUGGCUUCCGAGCUAUCAUGGAAUGGUAUGGAACGGGCAUAUAAUUCUCUUGGGAAACCAGGCCUGUUUCGAAAUGACCGCUUUUGGCUCGCUGGUGAUCACGUUGUGGAGCCACGGGUCAACCACCUACCUAAAGUCCAAGCUCUCCUUGCAUCUAGCAAAAGGGCCAAGGAGGACUUCCGAAUGACUGAUUACCAGGGAAACAACUAUACAAUUAUGCAUACUGAAUUUUGCCGUGAGAGAGUACAGCCAGGGAUGUUAGUAAUUGGCUCAGACUCACAUACUUGCUCUGCUGGAUCUAUGGGAGCUCUUGCAAUUGGACUAGGUGUUGCAGAUGUUACAAUGCCUCUCAUAACCGGAGAGUCCUGGUUCAAAAUUCCAGGGAGCGUGAAUAUUCAGCUUAUUAAUGCUCCACGGCCCGGAAUUGGUGGAAAGGAUACAAUCCUAUACAUCAUGAAAGAGCUGAAGAGAAACACAAUAGCUGCAGACCGGGUAGUUGAAUUUACUGGCCCGGGAGUCGCUCAUUUGUCUUGCGAUGCACGCUUUGCGAUUGCAAAUAUGACUACAGAAUUUGGAGGAAUCAGUGGGAUAUUUGUCCCUGAUGAAAUCACGGAUCGUUUUAUCCAACGCCGCAGAGGACCUCGCAACAAAAUCGGGGCUCAAUACUUCCGCCCUGAUGAGGAUGCUGAAUACGCAGCAAGCCAUCUGAUCGAUCUCGCUCAAGAAGACCUGAUCAUAGGUGCCCUGGUCCUAGAAGCCGGGUUAAAGCUAGGCCUCGUCCCUGCCAGCAACGGAAAACGCAAAGUUGUACCUGGUUCCUUGCCAAUUCUCAACCGAUUAAAAUCACUCGGGCUUUCAGAAAUCUACGAGCAAGCAGGAUUCGAGAUCGGUGUCCCAGGAUGCAGUUAUUGUGUGGGUAUGGGCGCAGACAAAGCUGACGCUGGCGAAGUGUGGAUUUCUUCACAAAAUCGGAACUUUGAGAAUCGAAUGGGGCCAGGAGCAAUUGGACAUAUCGGAUCUGCUGCAACGGUUGCAGCGUCUUCAUUUUCAAUGACCAUUACAGACCCACAACCACUACUCGACCUAAUAUCUCACACCCGGUUACAAGAUAUUCUGGAACAUCGAUCUCCGACAACUUCAGUAUCACCCACACGAUCCUCGAGGAAGCCAGUUUCUUAUGUAGAACCUGGUUCCUCUACGGUUGCAACCAACGGUGCCGAAGGUGUUUCCAAGACCCCAAAGGGUCUGGAGGAUGGCAUGCCUGAGCAAAUAAAGCAAGUCGUGAAUGCUCCCCAGGCUGCUUCCGUGCCUUCAAUUGCAAACACUAUCCUUGAUGGCAGGAUUCAGCUGCUGGGAGACUUUAUCGACACUGAUGCCCUGGCUCCUUCUGCAGCGCUCACCACCUGCAUCACCGACGAAGAAUUCGGACGACAUUGUCUCGAACAUACCCAUCCCGGUUUCCGCGAGAGAGCAAAAGAAGGAUUCAACGUCGUAGUGGCAGGAAACGCAUUCGGAUGCGGUAGUUCUCGAGAUUGUGCUGUUUCGGCCUUGAAAGGCUGCGGAAUUGUCUGCGUGAUAGCAAAAUCGUUCGCUUUCAUAUACGGUCGUAAUCAGCCUAACCUAGGCUUGUUAGGAAUCACAAUCACGGACGAGAGUUUCUACGAUGCCGCUAUUGAUGGGGAGGAUAUUAAGAUUGAUCUCGAGGCAAGGAAGAUAACGGUGGGGGGCGGAGAGUGGGCUUUCAACCUAAGUGCUAUGGAAAUGAAACUUAUUGAGAUAGGAGGUAUCACUGGGGCAUUUAGGAAGUUUGGGAAGAGGUUGUUUGAGGUAAUGUGUGCACCAAUAAAGGAGGAAAAGAAGAAGCAGUCAGUGAAGAGUGGAAGCGUCUGCGAGAGUAUCGUGGAGAUAGAAUGGUAG